UUCUUUUUUUAAUUCAGAUCUCAAAUCCUCCAUGCCAGCAUGGUAUCAUCAAUUAUCUAUGAAAUAUCAAAAGUGUUGAGGAGGAGGGAAAGGAGCUUGAAUUCCACCUAAAACACAAACAAUCUUUAAUCUAAACUUACUUAGCUCUAAGAAUUGAAGAGAGAAAAUAAUGGGUACUCUCAGAGUUCCAGAAGUUGUUCCUUCCCCAGUUGAAGACUCUGAAACACUCAUGAAAGCCUUCAAAGUUUGUCCUUCUUGUUUAGGAUGGGGAACUGACGAGAAGGCAAUCAUAAGGUUGUUGGGGCAAAGAAAUGCAAGCCAGAGGAAGAAGAUCAGAGAAGCAUAUCAGCAGCUUUACAACAAAUCCCUUAUUGAUGACCUCAAUUCUGAACUCUCCGGUGAUUUCAGGAAAGCUGUGAUACUAUGGACAUAUGAUCCUCCUGAAAGAGAUGCAAGGCUGGCAAACGAGGCUUUGAAGUCGAGAAGGAAAAAUCUAAAGGAAUUACAAGUGAUUGUCGAGAUAGCCUGUGCAUCAUCUCCCGACCAUCUGAUUGCUGUGAGGCAAGAAUACUGCUCGCUCUUCAACUGCUCACUCGAAGAAGACAUCACGAAGAAUGUCUCUUUGCCUGUGCAGAAGAUUCUGGUUAGUAUGGUGAGCUCCUACAGAUAUGACAAAGAAGUGGUCGAUAAUAGUAUUGCAAACCUAGAAGCAGCUAAGCUUCGUGAAUCCAUCCGAACGAAAAAACUAGACCGUGAUGAUCUUGUAUUUAUACUCAGCACCCGGAACAUUUAUCAGCUCGGGGCUUGUUUCGAGUGUUAUAAACAAAACUAUGGAUACUCCAUUGAUCAGGACAUAGCCAAGACUUGUGGCAGGGGCCUAUUGGAAUCCAUCUUGAAGGUGAUCGUUUGUUGCAUACACUCUCCAGAGAAACAUUUUGCCGAGGUUGUUAAAGACUCGGUGGUUGGGUUUGGAACCGAUGAGAAUUCUCUCACACGGGCUAUUGUAAUGCGAGCUGAAAUUGAUAUGAUGAAAGUGAGAGGAGAAUACAACAUUAUGUACAAAACCAGUCUUGACUAUGCAGUUGAAGAUGACACUUCUGGGGACUACAGAGAUUUCUUAAUGACCCUCCUUGGGGCCAAAAUCUAGUUGUCUUGCAAUCCAUAUAUUUAUUUGUUUUGUAUGGUUUGAAGAUUUUAGCUUGUUGACUAUGAUCAACAAUUUGUUUAUAACUUGUCAUUUAUCUACUAAUAAGUUGAAGAUUGGAGCCAUGGGGUUGUGUGAAUUAAGGUCAAGCAGUUUUUAUGUGGGAAAAUGAUUGUUGCACUCGGGCUGAACAAUAUGCAGUCACCAAAUGUAUAAAUAAACAUAUUUUCUUCUUUGUUU